AUAAAUAAAAAUAAAAACGGGGUAUUAAUGAAAAAAAAAAACCAUAUUUUUGGCGCGGAUGUAUUUGCAAAAACAGCUCCCCGAAAGAAAAGCCGUAGAGAGAAAUGCGAAAGAGAGAAGAGAGAGAGAAAGAGAGAGAGGCAUGCAAGAACUGCGGACGAGGAUGGUUGGGAAGUGAGAACCAAGUCAAAGAGCAUUGAGAGGAGGAAUGGCGCGCGCUUCGAGCUCCCGAUCCCGCAGCGCACGCCGGCCACGAGUCUGCGCGAGUGCUUCCCCUCUCCCGCACUGCGACCGUGGAGGCCUGGCCACCCAAAUUCACAAAGACAAUCCAAGGAUUCACCAACGAAAUCAGGAGAAACAUAGGAGAAGACGACCGGAUAGAGAGGAAUUCAACAGAGUUGAAGCGAGAUCCGGAGAGAGAGAGAGAGAGAGAAGGGAGGCGGGGAAGCAGAGAGAGAGAGAGAGAGAGAGAGAGGUAUAGUGUAUGGAUCCCGGCUAAAGGGUCGGCACUCUCUUGCUUCCCUCCUCCUUUCGCUUUCGAAACCCCGAAUCGAACCCCUUCUUUGCUACUUUUCUUGAGGAUUUUGAGUUUUAGAACGUGAUUUCGCAUUGAUUCUAGCUGAAAGAAUGAGGGACAGAGACCUGAAGAUCCUUGGCUUUCGAAUUUGACCAAAGAAUAGAGUUCUAAGGGAGCUUUGUAUAUAGUAUAGCUUGAAAAAGAGUUCCUUUGGGAUGUCGCGGUUCCCUUAUCGGUCUCUUUCUUGAGAUCGAGGAAAGGGCAGUUCUGGCGUUGAUUGAUUUGGGCUUCGCUGAUCCUGGGAUUUGUUUGCGAAAAUGGGCCUUGGAUGGGGCAUCUCUGCUUGCUCAAUGCCAAAGAAGGUUUUUUGUGUUGUCUUCUUGCUUCACCUGCAAAGCUUCGGAUCCUUCUCACUUAAUCCUGAAGGAAUGGCAUUGUUGAAGUUUCGGUCAGGAGUGGAUUUUGAUCCUUAUGGUGUUUUUAAUACAUGGGAUCCAAAGGAGGACGAUCCAUGCAACUGGUCUGGCAUUUACUGUUCUGAUGAUCGUAGAGUAGAAAUUUUGAACCUGAAGGAGCUUUCUCUGGAAGGAGCGCUUUCUCCUGAGCUUGGAGAACUUAGCCAUUUGAAGGCUCUUGUGCUUUAUAAGAACAAAUUUUCUGGAGUGAUCCCUAAGGAGAUUGGGAGAUUAACAAUGCUGCAACUCAUGGACCUGCGAUAUAAUAACCUUGGUGGGCCAAUUCCAAAAGGGGUUGAAGAGAUGCUAUCACUUAAACAGUUUCUGUUCUGCGGCAAUAAGUUUCAAGGUGUCGCUCCUUCAAUUGAGAAGUCUAGCAUGUUCUCUGAGCUGAACUUUGAGGAAGAAAGUUUCUCUAAUGCGGUCAUUGCAAUUGGCUAUAUAAAUAGAAAAGUUGGACCCUACUUCUGGCAGAAUGGUUUGGGACACCAGAAGAAGGCCAGCUCUUUCAUGUGCCCUUUUUAUCAACAACUAUUACAUUUUCUUGAGAUGUUGCCCUUACAUUUGCUGAAAGGGGGAUUUUCAGAUUGCCAUGGUGAGAAACACCGUGAUGAUCUGCGAAGUUUUGCUGAGCCUUAUAUCAUGCAAAAUGUGCAUCGCAAUGUGAAUUCUGUACGCCGCAGGCUACUCCAAGUUACCAGGAAUAGUCAAGGAUCCAAAACUCCUGCAAAAAUGGAUGCUAGAAAUCUCCCUGCUGCCCCACCAGUCGGUCCACCUCCUCGUGGAACUGUGACAGUUCCUUCUAGUGGAAGUGGCUCAUUCCCAGCUAUACCACGUGGAAAGGUAAAACCAUCUUCAGCAUCUCCGUUACCCAGUCCUGCAUCAGCACUCCCCACCACAUCAGCAGACCCUCAGCCAGUUACAAACAAACCUACAUCAAGUGAAAAAAUAACAGCUCGGGGAUCAGUUAUCAUAAUUAUAGCCAUCGCCUUGCUUCUUUUCUUUGCUGCAAGCAUAUAUUUUAUGUGCCGGAGAAAGGGUGUGGCGACAAUUGGCCCAUGGAAGACAGGACUAAGUGGUCAAUUGCAGAAUGCAUUUGUAACAGGGGUACCAAAACUACAUAGAGCAGAACUGGAAGCUGCAUGUGAGGACUUCAGCAACAUCAUUACUACAUUCCCACAUUCAAUUGUAUUUAAGGGAACAUUAUCAAAUGGCCUAGAGAUAUCAGUCGCCUCAACUGCAAUUAAAUCAGACAAAGAUUGGUCAAGGCAAUCAGAAAUUUAUUUCAGAAGAAAGGUAGAUGCACUAUCACGAAUAAAUCACAAGAAUUUUGUUAAUCUUAUUGGCUACUGUGAGGAAGAUGAGCCUUUCAUGAGGAUGAUGGUGUUUGAGUAUGCUUCCAGUGGAACAUUGUAUGAGCAUCUUCAUGGUAAAGACUUUGAUCAUCUUGACUGGAAUGCCAGAACAAGGAUUAUUAUGGGGAUUGGAUAUUGCCUUCAAUACAUGCAUCAUGACCUCAACCCACCUGUUGCACACCCUGACCUGCAAACAAGCUGUAUUUUUCUGACUGAUGAUUAUGCUGCCAAGGUAUGUGAUACAAGUGUUUGGAAAGAAGUUGCUGUUGUAAAAAAGAUAACCGGAGAUGAUGAAAUGGAUCCUUCUGAAUUGGCCUUUGUUGAUCCUGGGAGCAAUGUUUAUAGCUUUGGCUUACUAAUGCUGGAAAUUAUUUCUGGGAAACUUCCGAACUUUGAAGAACAAGGCUCCCUUCUGAACUUGGUUUUAGAGUACUUGAAAGAUAAGAGCAAUACAAAGAACAUAGUUGAUCUCUCAUUGAAAGACUUCAAGAGCAAUGAGUUUGAUAUAAUCUGUGAGGUUAUAAAGGAUUGCACUGGCCCAGAUCCAAAGAUGAGACCAACAAUAAAAGAAGUCAUUGCAAAACUGAGGGAAGUGAUCGGAAUUUCACCUGAAGCCGCAACACCAAGGCUCUCCCCGCUUUGGUGGGCUGAACUCGAAAUUCUCUCAAUGGAAGCAAGUUAAAGGGGAGCAUGUGACCGAGCUCCUCGUCGUAGAGUUUUGGCCAUGAUUUCACACUCUUGCAUUGAUUCACUAUAUAGCAUUUCCCCCUAAAUUGAUUAACUGUAUUCAGAGUUCCUCUUCCCAAAACUCUACCAAUUCCCGUCUAUUAUCUUUUCUACUAAUAAACUGGUAUCCCAAGCUGUGUUGUGUUGGUUUGUUUUCCAGCUUAUGGAAUGUGUAAUUGAAGGAACAGACAUGGCAAAUAAGUACUUUGAAAAU